AUGAUGAAUCGAAUUCGUGAUGCUUUAGCAUGCUCGGAGCCAACAAUUGAAGAGAAUGAAAAGAGAGUGGAAUGGAUUCACAGAUCCAUGAUGAAUUUGAAUAAUGAGGAUGAUGUUGCUCGGAUUUGUCCUUCUUGUUUGCAACCAAUUGUUGUUGUCGAGAAAAUGAAUCAUCACACGAAAAGCUUGUAUUACCAAGUUGAUGAAUUAUUGGAACAUGUUUCAAUUUGUUUAAAUUUAUGGAAUAAUGAAAGAAGGAAAUUGUUUGGAGAAAAUAAUGAAGAGCCCAACAUGAACGAAAUUUCCACAAAGAUCAAAAAAUCCUCCACCAAUAAUGACAAUUCUGAAAACUCUCUCACCAAAUUGGAUGAUGUACUUGGUGAUGACAUGUUGUAUCAUUUUCUGACAUUUCUUGAUCAGAGUUUCCUCAUUCACACCUGCAUGAGAGUUUCAAAACAUUGA